CACUCCUUCUUACGUUUGGCAUGUGAGGUUCCAGUGAUGGAUUGAUCGAAAAAUAAAAAUCUAAACAGAAAAUAACUGAAUAAUGUCUUUAGAAUAAUUCCUAUUUGCUUCAAAUAUCAUUUGUGACAAUUCGUGCGGUAGUUCGUGGUAAGAAAUGGCUUCACGGGGCGGUAUUAUGGUGACGGGUACGAAUGGAGCAGACUUUGAGCAUAGGGAGAAAAUAGCAGCUCAAUAUCAAAUAAGUGCUUUGAACAAGUCGAGAUUGAAGUACUGCAUAUUCUUUCAUCACUCUCUGUUUCUGGUGAUGCUAGCAAAGCUUUCUUCAGAUAUACUGGAUAAGCUUGACAUCUUUAUAUUGGAGAUAGAAGAGUUGCAGAUACCUCAGCCUCUUUGGUGGGAGUACAUCUGGGGUUUAUCAUUGCUGUGCUCGUUUGUGGCUCUGGCUGCAAUCAGGCGCAACAACAUAAAGCUGAUACGAAGAUACAUGUAUGGUAUUACAAUAAUGGGGUUUGGUCCACUGCUGUACUGCGUGCUCUACUACUGCGGCGACGUGUGGAGGUACCUCACUAGAGACGACGACAGUGAUGAUAGUUCCGAAGUGGAUAUAGAGAUGUGGCAGGGAUACCCAUAUGGAUUACUAUGGUACGCGUUCGUGAUGGUGGUGUCCCAGGUGCACUUCUUCCAGCUCUACUUCUCGUACAACUUGCUCAAAGCAUGGAGAGCCAGAGGCGCACUCAGGAAAGCUGAGUAAAAACUAUUGUUCAUUCUUCCCUUAUUUAACGGAUUCCAUAUUCGUCCCUUUAUGCUUCCAACUGACUGAUUCUACAAUUUUUAUUCAUCCCUUUUAUUUAUUUAAUUUUUAGGAUUUAUUAUGUGGUCUGAAAUAAGUAUAAGUAAGUCUGCUUUGGCGAACGCGUUAUCAGAUUUUCACGAACCUAUAUUUAUAAUUCUAAAAUUAUAAGCAUAUUAAAAACAAAAUGUGACGUUUAAGAAAUCAGUCAAUUUGUGAUGAAAUAACAAGAUUUAUUAAUUUAGGACGAAUAAGGAAUAAUUAUUCUGUAACUGUUAUUCUUAACGAUUUUUUUCAAAACAUUUUCGUCUUUUCUAAUUGAUUGGUUGUUGGUAAAGUUAUUUUGAUAAACGAUUUAUUUAUUACACUGCCACGGGAUUUAGUUUAAGUGACGUAUUUCUGAAAUGAACAUUUGAAGGACAGUAGGAAUUAUGUAUGUUGCGUAAAGUACAACAGUUUAAAGCUAGGACUAUACUUAUUUCGGUUAUAGUAGCUACUUGGUAGUCCUUGAACAUGUAGAUUUUUAAAUAAUAAGUCGUAUAAAGGUAGACUUUGCCAAUAUCAUAUCUCACGUAGUAACGUGUACAUAAUUAUCUUUCAAUACAGUUUGGUAGCAUUGUCACUUGGUGUCUAUUUUAUAUACAUACAUUUUAAUGAUUCUACAAGUACUUUUAGUAAUAUAUGUU